GGGCGAGGGCUGAGGGGGAGACUUCAAAAUUGGCGUCUGGGGCUGCAGGGUGUCGCGGGAGGAAGAGGCUGGGGCGCACUGAGGAAAGCCUGUGGGUGGCUGCCGCUGCUGCGGACUACGUUCGGAGCCCGCCGGGGGCCGGCAGGGUGGAGCUGGUAGCCUGCCGUCGCGUCUCCUCGGCAGGGAGGCUGGGGUACUGCUCUGCGCAAGCUGGCAGCCACCGGCGCUCGACAGUGUGAGAAGGGGUCGGUGCCGGGGGAAAAGGGCCAUGCUGCUGGUUGGCAUCCGAGAAUUUACCGAGAGUAGCCCCCGAGAAGGGUUGAGAGUGAGGAGGUGAGCUCUCACGUCGCUCUCACGUCCUUCCGCGGCCGGGGCGGGGAUGCUGGAUGCAGGGUCAGGCCCGGCCUUUUCCGCGCCCCCCGGCGCAGGGACUCUUACUGCGGCGGGGAGGCCGUGAGCCCGCCUGCCCCACAGAGCAUUCUGCGCCGUGGGAGUAGGACCGGCACGCCCGGCGAGCGAGCUUUGUCCCGGCUCUGUCCCGAUCCCGCUCCUUGCUCUCGUUUCUCCUCGCCGGCCCUCUGCCCCGCGAUGCCUCCCAACCUCACUGGCUACUACCGCUUCGUCUCUCAGGAGAACUUGGAGAAUUACCUGCGCGCUUUAGAUAUCAACGUGGUCCUGCGGAAACUGGUUUGCCUCCUGCAACCCGACAAGGAGAUCAUCCACACAGGAGAUCAUAUGGUCAUCCGCACCAUCACCUCUCUGCGGGACUAUGUGAUGGAUUUUGACCUGGGAGUCCAGUUUGAGGAAAACCUGGAGCCUGUGGACGGGCGGAAGUGCCAGACAACUGUCUCCUGGGAGGGAGAUCAGCUGGUGUGUGAGCAGCUCGGAGAGAAGAGGAACCGAGGCUGGAGGCACUGGCUGGAGGGGGACCGGCUGCAUCUGCGCAUGACUGUGGAAGAUGAGGUCUGUGUGCAGGUUUUCCAGAAAGUGAAGUGAGCGCCCUUCCUGCAAGAAUGCCUGGAGGGAGCCCACUGCCAGCUGCCCCGGAUUAAAAGCAAGCAGGAGCCGAAGGCGCUGAGCCCA